UUGUGGAUGCUCGACGACAAACAUUGCUUUGGACACAACAUAAUGGCAUACUUUUCAAUGGCGUAAAAAGACAUGUAUGGCUAUGCAGCUACUUUUCAAUUGGUCGUGUGUUUAUAAUGGAAUAUCUUUUUGUGUAUAUUGUGUCCUACGUUAAAGUCAUAUUCCUAUUUUGGUUACGUAGACAUAUAUCAAUUACAGUGGCCAGGAUCGACCAAGUAGGUAUUGCUUGUAACCAUCACCGGCACAAAGUAUUCAAAAGAGGACCACAUAACGUGUUCGAUAUAGAUCUUAUGAUUAUCUUUUCCUGGGUCCUUUAAAAUAUUACACAAUACACAUUCAAGUUUAUUGAUCACAAAGAUACAUACGUACAAUGUAGAUCAUGAAAGUAAGAAAUAAAUAAACAUUUGUUCGUAUGGUCAAGUAAAUGGUAAGAAAAACAAGAUCCAUGCGGUACAUGAAAGUGCUCCUCAAUAUGUUUAGUAGUUUUGGGCCUAGAGGUCGAAGGCUAUUCCAAUUUUAUUCAAGGACUGUGGCUACAUUAUCGGUUUGGAGUUAGCCAGUGAGAUAAUCGACUACAAAGAAAACAGUAAUAAUAAGUUCGUCUCAAUGGCUUUAUUUUGGUAGCAUUCUUUCGAGCUUUUGAGUCUCUAUGUGUAUAUGUAGAGGUUGAUGAUGAAUCUUUGUAAGAGUAUUGGGGAGCUUAAGAAGUAGUGGAUUGCUGUCAGUUUAGCCAAAAUUAAAAUUAGGCUUUUAUUCCGAGUGUGCUUUGCAAUUUAUCUUGAUUCGGUACGUGCACGCCAAAGUAUCAUAAUAAUCGAGAGUGAGGUUGAGUUCAAGACUUGAAUUUAAUUGAUCUUGGUAACAUAUGAUAUCAGAACCCCGUGAACUGAAAAAUGUUUUUCAAACUUCUUGAACAAACUAUUCGACCAUAAAAUCUAUAGAUAUUGAGAAUGGAUCUAGAAAUCUAUCGAUGACUAUGGUUAGAAAUCUCUUAAACAUCGUUAUUUUAAGAUAAUUCUCUUAAAUAGCAUUUUUAAAUUUUCAUCACUAAAAUAGCUUUAAAAAUAACUAAAAUAGUUUUUUUAUUUAGAAAUUUUUAAUAUAUUUUGUUUUAAUAUUUGAAUUUUCACCCUCAAAACUCCACUCUUUAACUAUAAACCAUAAAUCUAGAAUAAUUAACCUUAUGAUAUAAAUGUAUAUUCAUUUUUUAAUAAAACUUUUGUUGGUCAUUUUCCUACUUGCAUGUUAUUUUUGUGAAAAUAAACUAAAAAUGUAUAUAAUAGGGAAUUUCUCAUUUAAAUUUUCAAAAAUGUUUUUAUUAUAUAUAUAUAUAUUAAUAUCAUAAUAUGAAAGUAAAUUUGUAAAAUCUACAAACAAAUACCAAAAAUUUUCAUAUAAAAGAAUUUCAGAAGAGAUUUGUAAGCUAUAUAAUUAAAAUAUAUAAAUGAAAGAUUUUUUAAUAUUCUUGAUCGAGUGAUCUUAAAAUUAUAUUUGGGGAAUAACAUAGUGAAGACUACAAUUUUUUUUUUGCUUUAAAAGAAAAAGAAGACUACAAUUUUUUAAUGAAUAAUGUUAAUAUAUAAAGUACACAAUGAUUACCAGGUAUAUACGAAUGACAGUCUAUAUAUUCUAAUAUUACUCCAAUGACGUAAAUGGAAUGUCAUUUACUUAUUUGACACCAUUUUUAUAUCAUUUGUAUGCAGUGUAUAAACGAAUUGCAUUAUUUCUAACGUGUUAUCCUUUUUUUUCUAACCUGUUAUCCUACAUCAAACACCAUUAAAAAUUCAACCUAUAUACACAAUUUUAUAUGUGUUCUGUAACUUGUAACAAAGCAUGCAGAGGUAAUUUAAGCUUAAUGGGGGAAAUGUAGUCAGAUUGAUUAUCAAGUUUUAGUUUGCAUUUCGCUAGUUUUUCUGGUAUAUUGUAUUUUUCUUGCGUCGACUAGUCAAAUUGUACUUUAACUAUGACCAAAACUUUAUAUUAUAAUCCCUUGUUAAUAUGGUGGCAGGGUGCAAUAAUUGAAUCACGUGAGACCGUGUCUGGUCGCGGUUGGGACACGUGUUAACCAUAGUAAAAAACGCGUCAAAGAGUUGUCAAGGACUCGAACAAUGCAACUCAACAAGACAGCUGGAUUAUCUUGUCCGUACAACUUUUCUUUUCUUCUUCUUCAACUUUUGUCGACUUCUUCACUCUUUUUUUACACGAUAGUCCUUUUUAAUUAAUUCAUAAUAGUAUAUCGUAGCUAGCAUUCACUCAAUUCAUUUCAAUUUUGGGCUGUUAAAACCUGAUUCCAGAUCAUAGAAUUUCAGUGGAUGGGAAGGAAAAACAAAAGAAAAAGCUGACGUCGACAAAUAAAUAUCAAGAAAAAACUAUGUGGAUUGUAGACGACGAUGGCAAAAUAGUACACAAAAGACAAUGACUGGUGACGACAAGUUUUUUAAUUAUAAGCAUAUGAAGUAAUAUAACAAUACUUGGUCCAGGUUUUAAAUUCUACCAAAAAUAUGAACCGGAGUACUUGCAGCAGCAUGUAAACAACUGAAUAUGUGUUUAAAGCCUUUUGCAUUUGUUAGAAAGUCGCAAUAAAAGAACUCAAACUCUAAUAUUUGAUCAAUAUCAUCAGAAUUAUUCUUUCAACCUAAAGAUCUUCAUGAAUUAAAUCAUCGCUUCUCUAGUUCUAUGCAGGUUCCAUGUAACGUUUGUGUCGAUUUAAGUGUGUAUUUGUGUGGAGCAUAUAUGCAGGUCAAUCAAUUUGGUCGAAUUAAAUGCUAUUAUGAUAGAAUACUCUUAAAGUCUUCAUUCAUGGUAUACAUAUAGUAUCUGGCUAGAUAGUUAUUAUUAGUAUAGAGUAAAAGUGUGAGAAUUUUUUUUGUAGUUAUUCUAAUUCCCUCUAGCUUUUAUUAGUCGAAAAAGAAAAAAAAUGUUAUAUUCAUUCGUUUUCAUAAAAAAUAACCAUUUUUGUUUUGUCUUUUCUUAUUUUUGAUAAUAUUUUCCUUCUCCUUUUCUGAAAAGAAAUUAGAAUAACACAUAAAAAUAAAGUAUAAUUAAAUUGAAUAGUUAAUUUUCCUUCCUAUUACUUACUUUUAUCUCCUAUAAAUUACUCUAUAUUACUGUACCUCUAAUUAUUCUCCCCCCGGUCAAACUCAUAGUAAAAUAGGUUUAAAAAUAGAACAUUCCUACUUUAAAUUUAAACACCACAGUCAUAAUGACAUGCCAUGAUGUGAUGAUUUUAAUAAUUUUUAAGAGAUUAACAAUGUUGAGUGUGCACAACACUUUUAGAAGACCUAUAUCAUCAAAAGAAUUUGGGUAUUUCAUUAACAUUAUAGAUUUCUUAUCAUAUUUACAUAGAUUUACUUUUUUAAAUGUAAAAAUACAUUCAUAAAGCUCAAUUUUAUUUUAUUUUCAAAGCUAUCUUACAACUACUUAUUCAAUGCAUUAGUUUUAUUGUAGAGAAAAAAUCACUUGCUUAAAACUCACUGAAAAUAACUUAACCGUUGUCAUGUUAUUAUUUAAACAAGUUAAAGAUUACUGGUUUUUGAGUUAACAUGCAUGCUUCUGUGACUUUAUAAAAAAUAUUUAGCAAACUUUUUAUGUUCACAAUUGAAAUAAGAAAAAAAGCUUUGGCUGAGAGAUUUAAGUACUAAGUGAAGACCAAAGACAUAUAACGACAUUAUAUAUAUGUAUGCGUGUUUUAUAAGCUAUCGUGCAUAUUGGUUGAUCAUCGUACGUCUAAACUAAUAUGUUCAGAAUUUGUAUGGAGUACAUUUUCAUGGAUAUAUACGGCUACAGCCUUCUCUUUCAUUACAUUCUGAACAAAUUAUCAUACAAAUAAACAUUCGUGCAAAACUGCAAAUAUAGCUCUAGACAGACGAACUGAUAUUUUCUCAGCAAUAUAAGCAACAAAAAGCUUGAGAAGUCCGCCUUAUCACUAUAUGAUAUUUUCGACAGUGUUGAUGAUGUAAUAAUGGAGCAACUUUAAAAAAAAACGAAGGCCCUUUUAGAACCCCACCACCGAAGGAGAUAUAGAAAACGACAACUUCAAAAUAUAAUCUUUUGAAUAGAUCCAUACUGCAAUGAUGGUAUCUAUAUCGCAUGAUAAAAAUUGACCUUUGGUGGUAUUUGAUUAACAUAUUAAACAUUCGUCUCUAGCCGACACACAAUAUGUAAUUUAGUGCUUCAGAAUACGGAUUACAUUAAUUAAAAAAAGCAAGGUGAUCCCACUGUAUAGGUCGAUCAGUGUAAGCUUGAUGGUAACGUUCAUGAAGUUUAUUUAUUUUGGAUGGAACGGAUUCAUCAGCGGUUCAAGAAACGUGACAUAAUGCAUGCAGUACUUGUUACUUAAUUAGUUAGGAAUUUAUUAGUACGUCCUAGCCUAGGUUGCCGACUUAACCAAUUCAUUUAUUAUAUUUAUAGUAAAAUAUUUUGUGGAUUAACAAUGACAAAUACUUAAAAGACAAACUCUUUCUACUUAUGAGUUCUGUGAAUCCAGUAGACUGCUGACUGACUAUGUACUCUACCGUAGAUUCGAAUCCUUGCACGUUGCAAGUCGUACAAGUUAAUACAUUGAAGACAAUCCGAGUCUUAUUGUAAUUCUUCUUCUUUUUAGCGAAUAAUAAGACCAAAUGUAGCUGCAGAAGAAAAGUCUAGGAACCUCUAAGUGUCACAUCACAAAAGAAAAAAAGUAAAAGCAAAAGAUUAGAAAACACCGUCUCGUGUUUUGCGUUAUAAUUGAAAAGAUUUUUAAAAAAACUUUCAACCAAAAAUAAAACUAUAGUUACAUUACAUUACAUCCACACCAACCUGUCUCGUAGGUAAGCAUGGGUCCAUCUCUUUCCACCACAUAUAAACGAGAGUAUGCAAAAAUGUUAUAUAUAUAUGAAAACUCUAUAUAUAUAAGUUAAUUCUAAACAUUGAAAGAAAUCAUUGAGAGAUUUGGAAACAUCCAAAAAAAACUAGACUUAGAAAUUUCACCAAAUAGUGAUACAAACAAGAACAAUCUUUUAACUCUUUAUAACAAUUCCUCUCUCAUUCCGCGUCAGAUAUUCUUGAGUUUUAUUAGAUUCUUUCUUUUUAUAGCAAACUCAAAUCUCAUUACAAUUAAAAAAAAAGGUAAAAGCAGAAGAGUCCAGCUCUUUCCGACAGCUCGUGGAACACGACUUAACAAUGGUGGAUUCUUCUUCACUUGGUUCCGACAAGGAGAAGAAGGGAGGAAGUAAGCAGCCUGUGUAUCGUGGAGUACGCAUGAGGAGCUGGGGAAAAUGGGUAUCUGAGAUUCGUGAGCCACGUAAGAAAUCAAGAAUCUGGCUCGGGACUUUUCAGACCGCGGAGAUGGCCAUGCGCGCUCACGACGUGGCGGCUCUGAGCAUCAAAGGCUCUUCCGCCAUUCUCAACUUCCCCGAGCUAUCUGAUUCUCUGCCACGUCCCGUUUCUCUCAGCCCUCGUGACGUCAGAGCUGCGGCGACCAAAGCGGCUCUCAUGGACUUCGGUACGAAGCAGGUACGUCACGCGAGGGCUGAGAGCGAGAGUAACGAAACGGCGACGUAUGAUAAAGGGUCAGAAAGCGAGAGUAACGCGUCGAGUAAAAGGUCGGAGAGUGAGAGUAGUGAAACGGCGUCGUCGUGUGUGACGAGCAUUGACGAGGAAAGUAGAGUCUCGGACGAUUUGGAGAAAAUAGUCGAGCUGCCGAGUUUAGGAACGAGUCUAGACGAGUCGAACGAGUUCGUGUUUUAUGACACGUUGGAGGAUUUGGUGUUCAUGCCGUCAUGGUUACGCGGUGGUCCGGGAGAUGAUUUUACGUAUAAUAAUAAUGAUUAUCCGUUGAACUCUGUUUUCGAUGAAAGCUUUUCUUGGUAACAAUUUUCCCUGUAAAAUAAAAAAAGUUGUGUAUUUUUCUCUCUUUUUGUUUUGUUGGUUUAGUUUCCAUGGGAAUCUCUAUGUUCUUUUUUUCACAUUGCGUGAUGAGAGAUAUCUCUAAGAUGGUCAGGUAGUGCUGUGGCAUUGAUAAAUGAUAAUGUUGGUAGUUAUGCUCCUUGUUUAGUCGGUGAAAUGAAAGAUGAUGAAAUGUAAGUGUUUAUAUUA